CGGAUAUCUCUUAAUUGGCUCUUGUCCUCCUAGAAGUAAACGGGAGUCACAGAAAAACUCAAGAGACAAGGAAGAACGCCAGGAGAGAACGAAGAGAUGGGCGGUGCCGGUGCCAUUCUCUCUCACUUUCUAAUCCUCUCUCAGUCCUCUCCACGCCUCAGCUCUUCACUGAUAAAUGGUGGAUACCGGAGUAAGUUAUUGAGAAGUUCGGGGUUGAUUCUCAAGAGGCAUGCUGUAGAUGGAUACAAUUGUGCUGGUUCCCGUUGCUGCUGCAGUGUCUCGCUCGCGCAACCUGUUGCUCCCGAGGUUUCUUCGACGCCAGUAAAGAAGAGAGUAGUGUCUGGUGUCCAGCCUACAGGGUCUAUUCACCUCGGGAAUUAUCUUGGUGCAAUAAAAAAUUGGAUAGCUCUUCAGAGUGCAUAUGAGACUCUCUUUUUUAUUGUGGACCUUCAUGCGAUUACUUUACCUUAUGAUACACAAAAGCUUUUGAAGGCAACCAGGGAUACAGCUGCAAUAUAUUUGGCAUGUGGUGUAGACACCUCAAAGGCUUGUGUAUUUGUGCAGUCUCAUGUCCGUGCCCAUGUAGAAUUAAUGUGGCUUCUAAGCUCAUCUACACCUAUUGGUUGGUUGAAUCGAAUGAUUCAGUUCAAAGAAAAAUCUCGCAAGGCGGGGGAUGAAAAUGUUGGUGUGGCUCUUUUAACGUAUCCAGUCCUCAUGGCUUCUGAUAUUCUUUUAUACCAGUCUGACUUUGUUCCAGUUGGUGAGGAUCAGAAGCAGCAUUUAGAGUUGACUCGUGAACUGGCUGAUCGUAUUAAUUAUUUAUAUGGUGGAAGAAAGUGGAAAAAACUGGGCGGACGUGGUGGUUCUAUUUUUAAGGUUCCUGAGCCUCUUAUUUCACCAGCAGGAGCAAGAGUUAUGUCUCUCACUGAUGGUCUUUCCAAGAUGUCCAAGUCGGCACCUUCUGAUCAAUCUAGAAUUAAUCUUCUAGACACAAAGGAUGUAAUAUCAAACAAGAUAAAGCGUUGCAAAACAGACUCAUUUCCAGGCUUAGAAUUUGACAAUCCUGAAAGACCCGAAUGCAGCAAUCUUCUUUCAAUAUAUCAGCUCAUUUCAGGCAAGACAAAAGAGGAAGUUGCACAGGAAUGUCAAAAUAUGAAUUGGGGAAUGUUUAAAACCCUCUUAACAGAUGCCUUGAUUGAUCAUCUACAUCCUAUUCAGUUUCGCUAUGAGGAAAUAAUAUCUGAUUCAGCUUAUUUAGAUAGAGUUUUGGCAGAAGGCGCUACAAAAGCUGCAGAGAUAACAGAUGCUACUCUCGGUAAUGUCUACCAAGCAAUGGGAUUCUUGCGUAGAUGAGAGAAUCAGUGUUGCAAGAAGAAUAUAUAUGAAAGUUACAUACAACAACCUUAAAGUUUGCUUUUGGAUGAUUCAAUGUCGCCCACAAACCUCUGGAGGCGACCCUUGAGCAUAAGCAUAUGCUUGAUCAGGGAACAAAGGUAAUAAUUAGCAAGGCCUACUGAUUCUUUGAUGCAGUCAUUUCUACCUCUCGCUUCUGGACAGGUGCAUUUAAAUUGCUGCCGUACACUGAACGUGGUCUUUUCAUUUUUUCCUCCUCUGUUUCUUUCUUUUCAGUCCUUUAAAUGAUAAGUAUUUAUUUUAAUUGUAUGCUUAACAAAUCUUGGUUUUGUAGCUUGCUGAGAAGUAAAUUAUAAUUACUGAUAAAUUAUCCUUCUAAUCCAAGGCAAUCUGGUAACAGGUUGAAAUCUUUGUUUUCUCUC